AUGGAAGAUGAGAGCCAUAAUAACAUUUUGCCAAAUGGAUUCAACACAGGAAGCACCGAAAGUCCUUGCUUAAAGACAAGCACCAUGACCACACAACACAACAAUAACAAUAAUCAUCAGAACCAUAGCAACAAAGAACAGGACCGGUUUCUCCCUAUAGCCAACGUGGGAAGAAUCAUGAAAAAAGUGAUUCCCCCAAACGGCAAAAUCUCAAAGGAUGCAAAAGAGACAGUUCAAGAAUGUGUAUCCGAGUUCAUAAGUUUUGUGACAGGGGAAGCUUCUGACAAAUGCCAGAGGGAAAAGAGAAAGACCAUCAAUGGAGACGAUGUCAUAUGGGCCAUCACAACCCUAGGCUUUGAGGAUUACGUGGAACCCUUGAAAACUUACCUCCAGAAAUAUAAAGAGAUAGAAGGAGAAAAACUUAACAUUCCGAAGCAACUACGUUCUGAACAAAGGCUACAUCAACAUCAGCAAAACCAUAAUAAUAAUCACGACGAAAAUAAUAAUCAACCAUUCAAUGGUGCAUAUGCCUCAUCAAAUCUCAUUUCUCAGCCUCCUUAUGUGCCCACUGAUCAGAAGUUUUCACUGCCCUUCUCCCCAAACUCGAUUCAGAAUCAGCUACGGCAGCAAGAACAGAUUGAUUCAGUGGGGCACUGGUACGAAUAG